AAUGAAAGAAGAAAGAAAGAAGAAAGAAGGAAGAGAGAAAGAAGAAAGAAACAAGAAAGAAAGAAAGUAGAAAGAAGAAAGAAGGAAGAGAGAAAGAAGAAAGAAACAAGAAAGAAAGAAAGAAGAAAGAAAAGAAGAGAGAAAGAAGAAAGAAAGAAAGUAGAAGGAAGGAAAGAAGAAAGAAGAACGAAAGAAGAAAGAAGAAAGAAAGAAGAAAGAAGAAGAAAGAAAGAAGAAAGAAAGAAGAAAGAAAGAAGAAAGGAAGAAGAAAGAAAGAAGAAAGAAAGAAGAAAGAAAGAAGAAAGGAAGAAGAAAGAAAGAAGAAAGAAAGAAGAAAGAAAGAAGAAAGGAAGAAGAAAGAAAGAAGAAAGAAAGAAAGAAGAAAGAAAGAAGAAAGAAAAAGAAAGAAAGAAGAAAGAAAGAAGAAAGGAAGAAGAAAGAAAGAAGAAAGAAAGAAGAAAGGAAGAAGAAAGAAAGAAGAAAGAAAGAAAGAAGAAAGAAAGAAGAAAGAUAGAAGAAAGAAAGAAGAAAGAAAGAAGAAAGAAAGAAGAAAGAAGGAAAGAAGAAAGAAGAAAGUAAGAAAGAAGUAAGAAAGAAGAAAGAAAGAAAGAAGAAAGAAAGAAAGAAGAAAGAAAGAAGAAAGAUAGAAGAAAGAAAGAAGAAAGAAAGUAAGAAGAGAGAAAGAAGAAAGAAAGAAGAAAGAAAGAAGAAGAAAGAAGAAAGAAAGAAACAAGAAAGAAAGAAGAAAGAAAGAAAGAAGAAAGAAGAAAGAAAGGAAGAAGAAAGAAAGAAGAAAGAAAGAAGAAAGGAAGAAGAAAGGAAGAAGAAAGAAAGAAGAAAGAAAGAAGAAAGAAAGAAAAAGAAAGAAGAAAGAAAGAAAGAAGAAAGAAAGAAGAAAGAAAGAAGAAAGAAGAAAGAAAGAAAGAGAAGAAAGAAGAAAGAAAGAGAGAGAAGAAAGAAGAAAGAAAGAAAGAAGAAAGAAAGAAGAAAGAAAGAAGAAAGAAAGAAAGGAGAAAGAAAGAAGAAAGAAAGAAGAAAGAAAGAAGUAAGAAAGAAGUAAGAAAGAAGAAAGAAAGAAAGAAGAAAGAAAGAAGAAAGAAAGAAGAAAGAAAGAAGAGAGAAAGAAGAAAGAAAGAAGAAAGAAGAAAGAAGAAAGAAAGAAGAAAGAAAGAAGAAAGAAGAAAGAAAGAAAGAAGAAAGAAGAAAGAAGAAACAAAGAAAGAAAGAAAGAAGAAAGAAGAAAGAAGAAAGAAGAAAGAAAGAAGAAAGAAAGAAGAAAGAAAGAAGAAAGAAAGAAAGAAACAAGAAAGAAAGAAGGAAGAAAGAAAGAAGGAAGAAAGAAAGAAGAAAGAAAGAAAGAAAAGAAAGAAAGAAGAAAGAAAGAAGAAAGAAAGAAGAAAGAAAGAAGAAAGAAAGAAGAAAGAAAGAAGAGAG